AUCCAGGAAAUCGAGCGGCGGUUGUUGCAGUUUCUGGAUGGAGUAUACCACUGGUUCGCCCGCGAACAGCCAAGAAUGCAGCCAAGCGCGGCAUCCGAGGCUGGCUCGCGUCGACAUUUGGCGACAUUGUUGCGUUGCUGUUCAUAGAGGAAGAGGGACUCGGUACUUAGCCAGCCUUGUCCAAAUGAGGUGAGAGCAAGCGAUCUGUAACGAAGAGAGUGGUAUAUUGAGGGAGCUCCACCACCCCCUUUCCCUUCAUCUUUCCCCAAAGAAGUCGUUAUCAUUUCUCAAAAGCAUCCACACACAUCCACCCAUGACUAGCCACUAGCAUCGCCCACCUCUGCUCCUCGGUCCAAUCCAUACAUAAGCUAGGUCGCAUCCCGCCCGCCUUCUCUUCGUUCUCUCUUUCGCCUUGGUCCUCCCUUAACUUAUUCAUUCUCACUUCCAAGCCCCCAUCCCAACCAAAGACCCCCUGAUGAAAUGGCGACCGAACCCCCCCACCCAUUGUGGCUCAAAAUUGUCCUUGGCUUCCAGCUGUUCUUUGCCAUCGUCACUCUCGGCCUCUCAGCCUAUGGUCUCUCCGUCGCCGGCUCCUACAGCAGCUUCGGCCUCAACAUCUUCACCUCUAUCGCGACAUUCGCCUACAUCGGCUACGUCGUAGCCUUCACUUUCUUCGUCCCGACCCUCUACAACAUCUACAUUUCUCUCGGUUUCCAGGCCUUCCUAGCAAUCUUCUGGCUCGCCACCUUCGGUACCCUUGCGGCGCUCGCCGCGGUCUUUGGAACUGCCGAGUCGUACAACUAUACCGGCGGCGGCUACUACUAUAGAUAUAGCAGCGGCGGGUUAUCCGACAGUUCGACGAGCGUCUCAGACACAACUAAGGCCUCUGCCGCGCUUACGGCAUUCAUCUGGGUCUCCUUUGUCGCUACCCUUGUCUACACCACCCUCGCAGCCAUCCGCCAGAACCGCGAUACGAGCGCCGCCGCCCCCGCCGCAACCGAAGAGCACAAGUUGGGCGCCGUCGGUGGCCCAACACCCACUUCUUACCAGCCGGUCGAACAGUACGCCCAACAGCCGCAGUACACCCCUCCAUACGCCGCCCCCGGCGCAGAAUACCCCCCGCAGCAGCAGCAGUUCCAGGAGCAGCCAACGGGAUACCCCCCGCAGCAGUUCCAGCAGCCAACGGCCUACCCCCAGCAGACUAGCAGCCCAGCCCCAUACCAGCAGGCCCCUGUCCAAUACCCGCAGCAGGCUGGCAGCCCAGCACCAUACCAGCAGGCCCCUGUCCAGUACCCGCAGCAGGCUGGGAGCCCAGCACCAUACCAGCAGUCCCCCAUCCAGCACCCACACCAGACCGGGAGCCCUGCGCCAGCAGGUAAUAUUCAGGAGGCGCCCUAAGCGCCGCAGUAAUAGAGUGUUUAAAUACUGGGGUGAGUGGUAGAGAGCUAGGAUCGCGUGUGCGGAGGGGUUAGUGGGAGGAUCGGGCGCGUUGAUGCGCCUGAGGGUUCGUGCGUGAGGCGCCUAGACGGCGGACGAGGAAGAGAGGUGCGAUGCGAUAUACCCUUGUGCAUCGAGCAGAGACUGGCGCACUUAUUUUGGCCGCUUUAUGGAUGUGGAAACAAAAAAUAUCUCAUCUCCCAUUGUUUAAUUUGGAUCUCGGAUCUUCAAAUUUGGGCUCGCUGCGACGGUUGGAAAUAUUUUUUGUCACAUUCCUUUUUUGAGGUUGGCAGGAGAAUUGGGAGUGUUGUGUCGUGGUUUACAUACGAGAUGGGAACAGAUAUACCUAUAAAUAUU